GGCCCGGCCCAUCCCGGCCGGCGGAGGAGGAGCCGGCGCGGCGGCUCCGGCCGGGCUGAGGCGCGGCCAGGCCCGCGGUGAGCGAUGUCCCUGGCGGAGCGGCGGCGGCGGCGGCAGGAGGAGGAAGAGGAGCGGGAAGGGGAAGCGGAGGAUGGGGCCGGUGCCGGGGAGGAGGUGGUGCAGAUCCGGCUGGGGGACAAGUGCUACCCGGUGUGCAAGAGGAAGCUGAUCGAGCAGAGCGACUAUUUCCGAGCGCUCUACCGCUCGGGCAUGCGGGAGGCAGGGCAGGGCCAGGAGGAGCAGCUGCUGCGCGGGGGCCUGAGCGCCCUGGGGCUGGAGCUGGUGCUGGACUUCAUCAACACGUCCUGCCUGGCCAGGCUGGAGCAGGAGGAGGGCGGCGAGGAGGAGCCGCCGCUGCUGGAGGAGCUGGUGGAGGCCGCGUCCUACCUGCAGGUCACGCCCCUGCUGCGGCUGCUGCUGUCGCAGGUGCGGCUGGGCAACUGCUUCGAGCUGCACCGCCUGGCGCAGGUGUACGGCCUGCAGGACCUGCACGACGCCUGCCUGGACUUCAUGGCCGCCCACUACCACCAGGUGCUGCGCAGGCCCGACGCCCGCCCGCACCUCCUGCUGCCCCCGGCGCUGCAGCAGCAGCUGCGGGAGCGGCGCAUGAGGGGCACGGCCACGCUCCUGCUGCUCGGGGACUUCAUGGGCGCCUGCCCGCCGGGGCUGCCCGCCGGCUGUCACCCCGCGGGGGACGCGCCCUGGGCCAUGCUCAGGUACGACGAGGAGGCGCAGCGGUGGCUGCCGCUGGCCAACAACCUGCCCGCCGACCUGGUGAGCGUCCGCGGCUACGGCUCGGCCACGCUGGACAAUUACCUGUUCAUCGUCGGCGGCUACCGCAUCACCAGCCAGGAGAUCUCGGCCGCGCACUGCUACAACCCGUGCCUGAACGAGUGGAGCCAGCUGGCCUCGAUGAACCAGAAGAGGUCCAACUUCAAGCUCCUGGCUGUCAGUGGAAAGCUCUAUGCCAUCGGUGGCCAGUCCCUUUCCAACGUGGAGUGCUACAACCCAGAGAAUGACUGGUGGAAUUUUGUGGCAUCCAUGCCAAACCCUCUUGCAGAAUUCUCAGCUUGUGAAUGCAAGGGCAAGAUCUACGUCAUUGGAGGAUACACUGCACGAGGCAGGAACAUGAGCAUCCUGCAGUACUGUCCCACUUCUGAUUCCUGGACCAACUUGGAGCUGUGCGACGUGCACGUCCGCAAGCAGCAGAUGCUGUCUGUGGAGGAGACCAUCUACCUGGUGGGGGGCUGCAUCCUGGAGCCCGGACCAAGCCAGAGAUCCAGCCCCAGUGAGGACGUGCUGACAGUGCAGUCCUACAACAUUGCCACCAAAGAGUGGCUCUACCUCAACGAGAACUCAUCCAAAUCCGGCCUUAACUUGACUUGCACUCUCCACAACGACGGAGUCUAUAUCUUGAGUAGGAAUAUUACUCUGUCUUCCAGCUUGGAGCAGCGACUCUUCCUGAAGUACAACAUCUUCACGGACACUUGGGAGACCCUGGGGCGCUUCCCAGCCUUUGGACAAAACAUUCUGAUCUGUUCUAUGUAUUUGCCUGAUGGGCAGGAAGUGUAACAGCACCAGGGUUUUCUUUUCAGUUCAUUAAUGGUUCUUUGAUGAAAUAUUGCUCCCUCUGAAUAAUUCCAUUUUCAGAAUGUCAUGUGGUUGCAUAAUGCAGGCAUAAAAUACUGAUUCUUUUCUCUAAAAAAGUUUCAAAUUCAGUAUGAAGAGAAGUGCUUCCAGAAACAGUUUUAAGAUGUGGAUUUGAAAAUUAUACUAGUUUGGAUUAAAAUUUCACCAGGUAUUGUUUACAGCUUAAAAAUUAUUGUGUUGGCAACUGAUACAGGAGUUCCAAAGGCAAAACUGAUCAGUCUGGUUUUAUUCUUCGUCUUAGUAGACAGUAGAACAAAACAUAUACAUUUUAAAAGUGGAAACAAUUCAAUAAAGUAAAUAAUUAGUAUAAUCAAAAUCACAA